CUCGGCAUCUGACGCUAGAUUCGAAAAAGCAAACGAUGCAUUUUGUUUUCUUAUUCAGAAGCAUAUUAUGAGAACCUUGUUACCAACUUUAAUAAAUAUUUCUUAAACUCUAAAUGUGGUAAGUGUGAGCGCUGAACUUGUUCUUCAACUACAUUUUUGAGCAAGCUGCAGUGCAAGCGACACCAUGAAAGUCUGCGGAAAUGAAAAUGAAAAAUGGCGACCGCCGUGUAUUUGGAACAUUACCUUGACAGCCUGGAGACUCUACCAUCCGAACUUCAAAGAAAUUUCAAUUUGAUGCGAGAUCUUGACACUAGAGUGCAGGGACUUUCUAAGAACAUUGAAAAGUUGUCCCAGGCAUAUAUGAACAAUGCUAAGAAUUAUACAGCAGCUGAACGGGUAGAACAAUUGGAAAAUAUCAGAAAAAUGUUUGAAAAGGCCAAGGAAUAUGGCGACGACAAGGUUCAAUUGGCCAUGCAGACAUAUGAAAUGGUGGAUAAGCACAUUAGGCGUCUUGAUGCUGAUUUAGCCCGCUUCGAGGCAGAGCUGAAAGAGAAGGUUCUAAACGUCCAGGGGAGUGACUCGGAGAGCACCUCAAAAAAGCGGGGAAGAAAAACACAAGACAAAUUAGAGAAGAAGAAGACUAAGCGUGGACGCUCAAUGUCAUCGGAUGAUGAAGUUCCAAAACCUUCGCGCAAGAAACUCAAAGGUCAGGUCUCCCAACCAACAGAUGUUCCCCUGCUGCAGUCCAUCAGUAUAUCACAUCCAUCUGAUGUGCUUGACAUGCCUGUAGAUCCAAAUGAGCCCACCUAUUGCCUGUGUCACCAGGUCUCCUAUGGGGAGAUGAUUGGGUGCGACAACCCUGAUUGUCCAAUUGAGUGGUUUCACUUCACCUGUGUUGGCCUCACAAGCAAACCCAAGGGAAAGUGGUUCUGUCCAAAAUGUUCCACCGAGCGAAAGAAGAAGUGAUUGCCUACACAAGUGUUGCAGUGUCUUGAACUUAAUCCAAUGCUAUAGUCUUCAUUGGGGAUAAGCUGUGUGCAUAUUGUGACUUAUUCGUGUAUGCAUCUGUGUGUAAAUGUGUACACAUUUUUUUUCCUAAAUAUAAGAGUGCCCAAUAUGUUUUAAGCCCUGACAUAGAAAAAAAAUAUUCUGUUAAUGAGAAGAUGUUAAUAUUUAUUCACCCAAGACUUGCCCCUUAUAUGUGGUUGCACUUCAAACAUAACCUUUUUUUUACAAUGAAUAAAAAAAAGGACAUUUUGCUACAUCCACAUAAGUUAUGGAUAUGUAAAAAGCAGUAUAUCUCAAAGUGUCUUUGAAGCAUGAAAAAAUUAACUUCGGUCAAAAGUUGGCAAAAAGGCGACGUGUUUGUUAUGUGUUGCCAUUACGAGUCUCCUGCAAUUUAGAAUGUCAUGUGAAAGCAAAGGUCUGCUUGCUCAUUUUUCCUCUGUGUAUCAUCAUCCAUGCUGAAGGGGAAAUGUUGCCAUGACUUCACUUUCCUGCUGUGGCUUGUGUUGCAAGGAUAGAGGGAAGUGGUAUUUUGUAGUGCUUUUGGGCUAAGUUGUGUUAUCUGCUAGAGAGGCCAUGGUAGCAGAGCAAGCUUUAUUGUUUCACCAGUUGCGUUUACAAAUUUUUAAUUUCUUUUUAAAACUGACGCCUAGUAAGCGACAGCACUUAUUGUGGAUAACAGUCUCAUGCAACACAUUCCACUGUUUUCUUUUGUCGGUGAUUUUUUACACUUAGAAGUGGAAUAAUGUGAAAAUUCCAUUGGAGAGUAUAGACUGUGUGUAUUUUUUUUUCUCGGUAGCAAAGACAUUACGUGUGUGUGAUUCUGACAUUGAAGAAAGAAAAGCUCGUACACAGCAUCUUCAUGGAAUACAAAUAUUUAUGAUGUGA